GUCGCUAUUUCUGUAAAUAAAUUAAUAAUAAUAAAAAAAAGUCCUUGUAGCAUAUUCUUCACCCACCGCCGGCGCGCUGCCGCCACGUGUCGCCGGCCCCACGAUGCUUGCAAUUCUAUUCUUCGGCGUUUGAUCUUUCUUUCGACUUCUCUGUCUUUGUCUAUCCCUCUGUGGGAAUUGCCGUCGCUCUAAAUUAUCCGGCGAUCCAUUCGACUUAUUUAUUUCAGCUAAUUUAUUGCUGUGUAUUUAUUGUUUUCGUUUCAUUUUCUUACCUUAUUUAUAUCAUCUGAAUUGAUUGCGCGUUCUGCUGCGGAUUUUAAUUCAUUUAUAGCGGUGUGAGCAAACCUGUGAUCCUUACCGUUUUGGGGUUUUAAAGCUCUGUUUUCGCUGCAAAUUAGGGUUUUUAUUUUUUCUGGAUCUGGACGAGUAUCCGAUAAUUUGCGCAUCGUUUUUGCUGAAAUUGAGUUUCGGGGCGUUUCAGUUGCGGAAAUUUGUUGAUGUGGGAUUGCUCGGUCGGCUGAUGCGUCGAUCAUCACUGUUUUGAAGCUGGUGAUCGGAAAUUGGAUAUGUCGGGACCAUUGGAUCGCCUUGCCAGGCCAUGCUUUGAGGGUGCAUGUGGUAGUGAUGAGAGAAGAGAAAGGAAGUCUGACUUUGAGAAUUCGGAGGAUGAAAGAAGGACAAGAAUAGGUACUUUGAAGAAGAAAGCACUCAAUGCAUCUUCGAAGUUCAAGCAUUCUCUCAAGAAGAAGAGCAAUAGAAGGAAAGGCGAGGGUAGAGUCAGUGCGGUUUCAAUUGAAGACAUCCGAGAUGCUGAGGAACUGCAAGCUGUUGAAUCAUUUCGACAAGCCCUGAUAUUGGAUGAGUUGCUUCCGGAGAAAUUUGAUGAUUAUCACAUGAUGUUGAGGUUUCUGAAAGCAAGGAAAUUUGAUAUAGAGAAGUCGAAGACCAUGUGGGCUGAUAUGAUUCAGUGGAGAAAAGACUUUGGUACUGACACUAUUGGUGAGGAUUUUGAAUUCCAAGAGUUGAAUGAGGUAUUGAAGUACUACCCCCAUGGCUAUCAUGGAGUUGAUAAAGAGGGAAGGCCAGUCUACAUUGAGAGGCUAGGGAAAGUCGAACCAAACAAACUCAUGCAAGUGACAACUAUUGAUCGCUAUGUGAAAUACCAUGUGAAAGAGUUCGAGAAAAGCUUUGCCAUUAAGUUUCCAGCUUGUACUAUUUCUGCAAAACGUCAUAUUGAUUCAAGCACAACAAUUUUGGAUGUCCAUGGCGUGGGUUUGAAAAACUUUACCAAGACUGCACGAGACCUUAUUACGCGACUCCAGAAGAUUGACGGUGACAACUACCCCGAAACUCUUCAUCAAAUGUUUAUCAUCAAUGCUGGUCCAGGCUUUCGACUGCUGUGGAAUACUGUGAAGAAUUUUAUUGAUCCCAGGACUGCCACUAAGAUUCAUGUUCUUGGAAAUAAAUACCAGAACAAGUUGCUUGAAAUUAUAGAUGCCAGUCAAUUACCCGAAUUCUUGGGAGGAACAUGCACAUGUGCUGAUCAAGGGGGUUGCCUUCGCUCAGAUAAAGGACCAUGGAAGAAUCCUGACAUUCUCAAGAUGGUGCUUAACGGUGAAGCACGCCGUGCCAGGCAGGUUGUUAAAAUUAUCAACAGUGAUGGGAAGGUUGUGUAUGCAAAGCCUCAUUGCCAAAUGCACUUAAAAGGAAGCGAUACAUCUACAGCAGAGUCUGGAUCUGAAGCAGAAGAUAUUGCUUCGCCAAAAACCACUAGGACUUAUUCCCACCUUCGCCUGACACCUGUGCGCGAGGAGGCUAAGGCUAUUGGAGCAGCUGGUUAUGCGGGGCACUUCUCGGGAUACGAUGAGUAUGUGCCUAUGGUUGACAAGGCUGUUGUUUCUGGAUGGAAGAAGCAAACUUCCCCUUUGAAUCUCGAUGUCUCCAAAGCUGUUUUUCCGCCACUCAAUUCUCCAAAGGCUGCAGAAGGAUUUUGUGCUAGACUGUUGGCUGCUUUUAUGGCCUUCUUCAUGACAGUUUACUUGUUUAUUUCUAAAUUAUCCGGCCAGGGGACCAAGAAACUUCCAGAUUCAUCGUCUCAGCACGACCAAGUUACCCAUGAAUUCUCUUUUGACAAAGUCCACAAAGAAGAGUUCAGACCUCCAUCCCCCACACCAUCUUUUACAGAAGCAGAAGUGCUGUCUUCGGUCCUGAAGAGGAUGGGCGAGCUCGAAGAGAAGAUCAAUAUUCUUCAAGCAAAGCCAUCAGAGAUGCCCUAUGAGAAAGAAGAACUUCUGAAUGCUGCUGUUUACCGCGUCGAUGCCCUAGAAGCAGAGCUGAUUGCUACCAAAAAGGCUUUGUACGAGGCUUUGAUGAAACAAGAGGAACUGCUUGCUUACAUUGACAGCCAAGAGAAUGCGAAAUUCCGGAAGAAGAAAUUUUGCUGGUGAAUUUGUCGUGCUUGGAGCAUUGUUGAUCUUCUUCUACCCCUUGCAUAUGAGGUUUACUGCUUCUGCUUCUUCUUCUUCAUGUUGAUGUAAAUUUCGCGGUUGAUUGAUGGUUCGAUAUUGUGUGAAACUACAAUGAAUAUAUAUAUGUCCUUUAAAAGAUAUGUUAUUGUUUCUUGAAGUGUUGUUUCCCUUUGA